AUGCUAUUUUAUCCGUCUGUGCUGUUGUAAUCAAAGAUUCAGUUACUUGUAUAUAUAUCUCUGUCUCUCUCCACUUACAGCCCUUCCCUGUCUCACUUCUAUUUUUAUCGACAGGUCACUUGUAACUGGUUGGAGAAAGGGAGCAACGGAGAACAAAUGGAAAGGGAGCAGAGCGAAAGAGGAUGAGAGAGAGAGAGCAGGACUCAGGAGAUUCCUCACGCACAAUGGGAGCCCCUUGCUCUGCCGGCUUUUGAUUUGAAAAGAAUAAAGGGGACUUUGCCUGAAAGAGGGCCAACAGGAUUUUGACAUCACUUCAGUGUGUUACCCUGUGGUGGCAGUCCUCUCUUUUGUCUCAGUAGGAGUAGUCAUGGCUGUACACGACACAUAAAAAAAUCUUUCAUCCCUUUCACCCUGCUCCUACUGCCUGGUGGCAGUCCAUUGCCAUGGAGAAGACAUACUCACUUACUGCCCACUACGAUGAGUUCCAGGAGGUGAAAUACGGUGGUCGUUAUAGCAGUGACAUCCUCAGCAAUGGCAUGACCCUUCACCUGGGGGGCAGCCUGGACCGCCAUAUGGGGCGUGGCCGGGGGGGAACCCUAUCAAACGGCCGAAACAGAGAUCUAAGCAGCAGCAGCAGCAGUGGAGGGCUUCCUCGAUGGAGCCGGAGGGAGAUCUGCCUCCUCUCUGCUCUGGUCUUUGCGGCGGGCAUGUGCGUCAUCUUGGGCAGCAUGCUGGCGCUCAAGUACAUUUCCUUGGACGCCCAGCAGGACCCGCAGUGCCGACAGGACUGCCAACGCAAACGCUCCCUGCUGCGGGCGGCUCGCUUCGUUCAAUCCAAUAUUGACCCAACCAUUCAGCCCUGCCAGGACUUCUACUCCUUCGCAUGUGGCGGGUGGCUAAGGCGUCACGGCAUCCCCGAGGACAAGCUCAGCUAUGGCAUCAUCACGGCCAUAGGAGAGCACAACGAGGAGAAACUGCAGCAGCUUCUUCUGGAGCCGAUACGAAGGCGCAGCCCCGAAUCAGCAGAGCGCAAAGUCAAGGAGUUCUAUCGAUCCUGCGUCAACAUUCAGGAGAUCGAUAAGUUGGGCUCUGACCCCAUGAUGGAGGUGAUAGACAGCUGUGGGGGGUGGGACCUGGCGGGGGCUCCUCCCGGCGCUGCUGGCUGGGAGAGGGAGGGUGCGGAGCAGAGGCCGGACUUUAAUGAGCUUCUGUACAGGACCCAGGGGGUGUACAGCACCGCCGUCUUUUUCUCCCUUACUGUCAACGUGGACGACAAAAACUCCUCCAGGAAUGCAAUCAGGAUUGAUCAGGAGGGGCUCACACUGCCUGAGAGAAGCCUGUACCUGGGACAGGAUGAAGACAGUGUCAAGAUCCUGGCAGCGUACAAGGCCCUGAUGGAGCGCUUGCUGAGCAUGCUGGGAGAUCAAAAUGCCACGCAGAAGUCCAAGGAGAUUAUACAGCUGGAGACGCGUCUGGCCAAUAUCACUGUGUCAGAAUAUGAUGACCAAAGAAAGGACAUCAGCACCAUGUAUAACCGCAUCACCCUCAGGCAGCUCCAGCGUAUCGCUCCCAGUCUUCACUGGAAACGCUUGCUGGACAGAAUCUUCCACGACAACUUCUCAGAAGACGAAGAGAUCGUGGUGCUCGCCACUGAUUACAUACAGAAAGUCUCUGACAUCAUCAAGACCACUUCAAAGAGGGUUCUCCAUAAUUACAUGCUGUGGCGCAUUGUGGCCGCGCUAAGUGAGCACCUGUCCACCGCCUUCCGCAGCUCCAUCCACGAGUUCUCCCGGGAGAUUGACGGGACGGAGCAGCAGCUGGAGCUGGGCCGGCUCUGCCUCACGCAGGCCAACAAACACUUUGGCAUGGCGCUGGGAGCCCUGUUUGUCCAGCAGCACUUCUCCUCACAGAGCAAGGCCAAGGUGCAGGAGCUGGUAGAGGACAUAAAGCACUCCCUGGACCUGCGGCUGCAAGAGCUGGACUGGAUGGAUGAAUCCACCAAGGAGGCUGCCAGAGCAAAGCUGAAGCACAUGAUGGUGAUGACAGGAUACCCAGACUUCCUGCUCAAACCUGAGCUCAUAGAUCAAGAAUACGGGUUCGAGGUGGACGAGAAGACCUAUUUCAAGAACAUCCUCAACAGCAUCAAGUUCAACAUCAAGAUGUCAGUGAAGAAGAUCCGGGAAGAAGUGGACAAGACGGCGUGGCUUCUCCCCCCUCAGGCUCUUAAUGCCUACUACCUCCCUAACAAGAACCAAAUGGUCUUUCCUGCCGGCAUCCUGCAGCCCACUCUCUACAACCCUGAGUUCCCACAGUCUCUGAACUACGGAGGAAUAGGAGCGAUCAUCGGCCAUGAGCUGACACAUGGAUAUGAUGACUGGGGGGGCCAGUAUGACCGCCACGGGAACCUCAAACAGUGGUGGACAGAAGAGUCCUACAGAAAGUUCCAGAAGAAGGCUGAAUGUAUCGUCAAACUCUACGAUAACUUCACAGUUUACAACCAGAAGGUGAAUGGUCGUCUGACACUGGGAGAGAACAUCGCAGACAUGGGCGGGCUCAAGCUCUCGUACUAUGCGUAUCAGAAGUGGGUGAGGGAACACGGGCCAGAGAGGCCGCUGCCCGGCCUCAAAUACACACACGAGCAGCUGGUCUUCAUUGCCUUUGCACAGAACUGGUGUAUGAAGAGACGAUCUCAGUCCAUUUACUUGCAGCUGCUGACUGACAAACAUGCCCCAGAGCACUACAGAGUGAUUGGCAGCGUGUCCCAGUUUGAUGAGUUCGCCCGUGUUUUCCACUGUCCCAAGAGUUCACCUAUGAACCCUGCGGAAAAAUGCUCCGUAUGGUGACCUCUCCGCCCGCCUGUAGACCUUUGGAUGGACUUCAUCAUCGCAGCAUCCACACCCACACACACACACACACACACACACACACAACCUGUCCUACAUCACACAUUCAUCACAGGAUGAAACAGUGCAUAAAGCCUAUUCUUGCCUAUAAAGGAGACAGGAAGGAAAUGUAUCUUUUCUUUUGUCAGCUUUCAAUUAAGAAGUGUCCAUUGUCUCUACUAACCAUCUAAAAGCAUGGGUCACAUGACCAUCGAUCAUGUACAUAUAUAUUAUUUGAGUACAUAUAUUUUUCUAUGUUUAAAUUUAUUUUCAAAUCAUCUAUUUUUCUAUUUUAGCAGAUAUAUCAUUAUGCAUAGAAUUCAUAAGCUAUUUUGGUUUUAAUUCAACAUGAUUUCUCGACAGUUUUGUCUUCUUUGUAGCAUUGAUAUCUAGAAAAACUUCAGCAUAUCAGAAGAUUAAAGACUGGCAGCAGCAGUGAUUUCAGCCCCCUGAUGUGAACUGGACAAUUUAAAAUGAACUGAGAUCAGUGUAGCAUUCUUGUGCCUGCCAAAACUCUGGUGUUCUUUCAGUUUGGUGUUGGAGUGUGAUUUGUCUCGCAAUGCUGCGCUCUUGUGGCUGCAGAGAGCAAUGGUCACUGUUCAACCUGUCAUGGCUGUUGUAUUGUUUGCCUGCAUUGGUCUCUUGUUACUGUGAGUGUUUGUACGGUUUAUAAGAUUUGUCAA